CACUGACCACAAAAUAAACAGACUCGGAAAUCACAAAAAUUACAACAAAAGCGCAACAUUUAGCUGCAUUGCGUACGGAAAACUAAGGAACGCGGCAAACUUCACAAACCAAAAUGUUGUGCAGAAGGUGGCAGAGCGCCUAAACCAGCGCAGCCGCUACGGAAGCGCACUUUUCCACUGAGACGCAAUUAUGCAAGUUGCAGCAGCCGUAACAACAGCGCCAGCAGAUCUAACUGUACUCGCGUUGCUGCCAGUGGUUGUGGUGGAGGUGGUGUUGCUGCUGGUGGCGGAGGUGCAACAGUUGCUGGACAAUUCGCACGGCGCCCCAUCGGUCAACAAGAGCUAGGAAAGGACCGCGGAAAAGGAAGGAGAACAACAAUCGGAACGCACUUGAACGAUAUGACUCAAAGACAUUCCGAACCAUUUUACAUAUCGCCCAGGCUAUUCGACAACAGGCGCCUCAAGCGACGCCGCUGCAAGUGGAUGGAGCGCGUGCGUGAGCGCCAACAGAUAUGCAACGCCGAGAUGCGCGCCCAGGCGUUCGCCUCUAAGACUGAACGUGGCAGGCGGCAAAGGCAUCAUCAUUUGGCCACCGCCACACUGCCUGCAGAUGUAACUAUCGAUUUGCUGUCAGAUGAUGACGACGACGACAACGGCAACGACGUCAAUGCGAUUGUGGAGCCGAGGCCUUGGCCGAUACCUGCAGGUGCGUCAGCAACGUGCAACAGCCUGUUUCUGCAUCAGCCGAACUUGCUGCUUAUACCGGCAACCACGCUCAGCAUCCAUCAGUACGACGGCGGCGGCGUCAGCGGCAGGGGACAACAGCGAAGGCCCCCCAAACACGGCGCCAUGCGCCAGGGCAACGCUGCAACAACAACGUGUGUGCUGGGGCGGGGGACAUCCACAGCAACCGCCACCGCCACAUCCAUACACUCACAAUCUCUGACUGAGAGCAUACUGAUAACCAGCGACGACGAGAACAACGACAAUGACAUCGCCAAGUAUGUGCGAAGGCAGCACUCGAUGCGCUCGCCCCCGCCGCUGGCACCGCUGACACUCUCGGAGACCGUCGAGGAGGUAACCGUGUCGCUGGUGCCGCGUAAUACCACCACUGCCAAUUGCCAGGCACGCCUGCGACACUCCCACCCGCCUCACUCCGGCAACUACAAAGGCUGCAACAUACCGACAGCACCACCGCGCACAGCAACCACCAAUGGCCUGGGCAGAGCCAGCUGCAGCAGCAGCAGCGGCCAUGGCAACGAUGGAUAUCUGGAGGUGGAUGUCGGGAGCGGGAUAACGGCCACACUGCCGGAUGAAACCACCGUGCACACGGUCAUUGCGAAUCGCAUCUAUGAGCUCUCGUUGAGCAAGCUGCGUGAGGGUCUCGCGUCCAGCGGAGUACCUGAGUAUACGCACGAUUUGCUGCCCGAGCAGCUGCAGAAGCUGUCGCCAGCGCUGCGUGCCAAAGUGGCCCCUCUGGUGGCGCCAUCGCCCCCCACACCCAUAUCCCUCAAGCUGUCCAGCGACCUCAGCAUAUCACUGAUCUCAGACGACGACGAUUGCGAGAGCAGCAACCCCCACCACGCAGCCGGAGGACUCGGAGCCGAGCUGGUCUACCCAGUGGUGGCUGCCGAGGCGCACGCGGCCGCCAAGCUGCUCAAGCAGCAGCAGCCUCAGCUGUCGGUGGUGCAGCAUCUGCAGUAUGCAGGCGGUGGUUUUGCACCGCCCGUCGCCCUGGCACUGCCGGUGAUGGCCCACACGGCGACCACUUCCACGGCUCCGUUACCGCGUCGCCGUAAACUGGGCUAAGGAGCGGGCCAGACAGACCCGAUCCGACCCGACCCAAAAGCCAAGCAGCCAUAAAAUCAUUCCCCCAUAGCCGGACUCGCGUCACGAUGUAGUCGCUGGCUCAGACUUUCUCCUAGCAUUAGCUAGUAGUGCAAAUAUAAAGUUAGUUUUAGUAUUUCGCGCGCCCCUCAUGAUUUUCCCAGUGUACUCUCAGCCACCACCCCACCCGUUGCGUGUUUUGUUUCUCUCUCUUUUUCUCCCUCGCUCUUGCUAUCUCUGUCUUUCUCAUAAAUUUAAGUUUAAGCUUUAACGGAAUGAGAGACGAAGAACAAAAACAAACGUACAAAGUAGCAGAAAGAAGAAGGAAAGAAAAGGCAGAUCCAGAGUCCAGAGAUUUUUUUUGGAAGAAACAAAAAAAAAACCUAAAGAAAAUUUGUAUAAAUUGAUAGGAGAAGAGAAAGUAGCAGAAAUUAGCAGGCACGGAAACAAAUGCUAAAAAAAUUAACCCAAUACAUAUUUAUAUAUAUACAAACAAACAGAAGAAAAACACACACACAAUUAGUUUUAAAGCUAUACAAGUAUUUCGAUUAAGCCCCCCAGUUAGUGUAAUUUGUGUGAUCAUCAAUGAUCCACACACAUGCACACACGCCCGAAUAAAUAUGUAUGUAGGUGUCGAAGAUGGAGAAACCUGUAUUAUAUAUUUAACCGAUCGAUCCACGCGCACGCCCGCAGAUCGGAAUAAACUAUAUUGUAUAUAAAUUUCUGUAUAUCCCUAACCCACUGCUGUAUUCAUCAUCUAAAAGGGAAAUAUGUAAAAAAAAUUAACUUUAAAAUAUAUAUACCAUGC